GGAUCCAUCUUAAAACUCUUUUCUGGAUCCCAGAUUCUCUUUUUUGAUUUGCACUUUUUGAAAAACCCUCAGAUGCUCCUCCAUGUGGACUGAGAGCCCAUCAAGACAUACACACGAGAACUCAUCCCGAUCAACUCCAAAUCCUGGCUUUUCGUGGGUUUUGCUGCAACACAUAAAAGCAAACUUGUAUUUAAGACACACUCGUGCAAAAAUUUAGCCGGGGACUUGAACGUGUAUUUUGGUUUCUUGGUCUUGGUUAUUUUUUUUCUUUUUUUUUCUUUUUUUUUUUUUUCCCUUCACUGGAAGUCAGAAGCUUGUUUUGGAAUUGGACCUGCUUUUGCUGCACUUCGCUGGGCUGGAUAACACUGAAGCUCUUUGCUUUUCUACUUGGAUAGUGUUUUCCUGUUGAUCUGUUGGGUUUUUUUUCAUCUCCUGUGUGGCAGACUUUUUUUUUUUCCCUGAGGGGGGGUAAGCAAACGACGACAACAACGAAAAACUUAAUUUUUUUGGCCGUGUGAGAUUUUUUUUCGUAUUCAUAUUCGUGAAAUUACGGGUACACUUACAAGAAAUUAAAAAAAGAAAGCAUUAAAAAUAAGAAAGGAACACGUCAGAAAGACCCCUACACGGUAGACAAAAUACUCGUUUCCUUACAGCAAGACUGAAUCGAAAGCUGCCAAAGAGCCCCAUAAAGAAAAGACUAAAAGGGAGAAAGAACAAGAAACACAAGAAGAGGAACAUUUGAUGGAAGAAAAGAAAAAGAAAAAGCAGGAAGAAAAGAAAAAGAAGGAAGGUGCUCAGAAAAAGGCUGCUGAACAAAAAACCAAAGUGCCAGAACCUAUUAAGACCAGUUUAAGCCAGCCCCAACCUGCCGGUACCGGUACCAGUACUUCCACCAGCACUCUCACCAACAGCAGCAAUGGCAAGCGCGCGUCUGCUAACGGGCAGCAGCCUGCGGCGUCCCGAUACCUGCCCCGAGAGGUGCCUCCCCGCUUCCGCCAGCAGGAACAGAAGCAGCUCCUAAAGAGGGGGCAGCCACUGCCCAGCGGGGCUCUGAGCGCCCCCGGCCCGGCGCCGGGCACGGCAGCAGCAGCAGCCAGCCCUCCUCCUCCUCCUCCUCCUCAGCAGCAUCCCAGCAAGGCCCAGCCAGAUCUCAGCCACAGUGGAUUGGGAGACCAUUAUGAGAAUUCCCACUGGGGACAGCAGCCCGCUUUCAGGAGUGAAGGCAACUGCAGCUGGGAUAAAGUGAUAAUAGACAGGACUGACAAGGAAGCGUGGCCUUCCAUUACCGGAGCUGAGACUGAGUCUGCCUCAGAAUGUACUACAGACACUGACUCUGCCUCCAACUGUGGCUCAGAGAACAGUAGCAUGGCUACAGGGAGUGCCCAAGGCAACUUCACUGGACAUACAAAGAAAACUAAUGGCAAUAAUGGCGCCAACGGAGCACUCGUCCAAAGCACUUCUAACCAGAGUGCCCUUGGAGCUGGUGGAGCAAACGGCAACGGCAGCUCGGCCAGGGUGUGGGGGGUGGCUGCAGGCUCCAGCUCUGGCCUAGCUCACUGCUCUGCCAGUGGUGGGGAUGGAAAGAUGGACAACAUGAUGGGAGACGGUAGAAGUCAGAACUGCUGGGGUGCUUCCAACUCGAAUGCUGGCAUUAAUCUUAACCUUAACCCUAAUGCCAAUCCAGCUGCCUGGCCUGUACUUGGACAUGAAGGAACUGUGGGAGCAGGCAACCCUUCCAGUAUUUGCAGUCCAGUCAGUGCCAUAGGUCAGAACAUGGGCAACCAGAAUGGGAACCCAACAGGCACCUUAGGUGCUUGGGGAAACUUGCUGCCGCAAGAGAGCACAGAACCACAAACGUCCACUUCUCAGAAUGUGUCUUUCAGCGUACAACCUCAGAACCUUAACACUGAUGGACCAAAUAACACUAACCCCAUGAACUCUUCACCAAACCCUAUCAAUGCAAUGCAGACAAACGGACUGCCGAACUGGGGGAUGGCCGUGGGCAUGGGGGCCAUCAUCCCGCCCCACCUGCAAGGCCUUCCUGGUGCUAACGGAACAGCGGUUUCUCAAGUCAGCGGGGGCGGUGGUGAAGGAAUGGGCAGUUCAGUAUGGGGGAUGUCCCCAGGUAAUCCUGCCACAGGAAACAGCAAUUCUGGGUUCAGUCAGGGGAAUGGCGACACUGUGAACUCAGCAUUAAGUGCUAAACAAAACGGAUCCAGCAGUGCUGUGCAAAAGGAAGGAAACGGAGCGAACGCGUGGGACUCGGGGCCUCCCUCUGGCCCCGGGGUCCUGGCGUGGGGCAGGGGCGGUGGCGGGGUUGGCAGUGUGCAUUCUGGAGCCUGGGGCCACCCCAACCGCAGCGCCAGCAACGGUGUCAACGGGGAGUGGGGCAAGCCCCCAAACCAGCAUUCCAAUAGCGACAUCAAUGGGAAAGGAUCAACAGGGUGGGAUAGCUCGAGUGUUACCGGUCCGAAUCCUGCCAUGCAGCAGGGCAAUGAACAAAUGAACUCUUGGGCCAAAGCUGCAGCAUCUGGCACCACGGCUAGUGAAGGAAGCAAUGACAGCGGUGGGAGUCAAAAUGAAGUCAGUACCGGGAGGGAGGGGGCUGGAGAGGGAAGGAGGAGAGACAAAGGGAUGAUAGACCAAGGGCAAGUUCAGUUGCCAAGAAAUGACCUUGACCCCAGGGUCCUGUCCAAUACAGGGUGGGGACAGACCCCUGUGAAGCAAAACACUGCCUGGGAAUUUGAAGAGUCCCCAAGGUCUGAACGGAAGAAUGACAAUGGAACUGAGGCCUGGGGUUGUGCAGCUACUCAAUCUUCAAACUCAGGGGGGAAGAACGAUGGGUCCAUCAUGAACAGUACAAAUACCUCUUCAGUAUCUGGGUGGGUCAACUCUCCACCGGCAGCUGUUCCAACAAAUACAGGUUGGGGAGACAAUAACAACAAAGCACCAAAUGGCCCAGGGGGGUGGGGAGAGUCAGCAAGCUCUACUACUGUUAAUAAUGCUGCUGCUGCCAAAAGCGGCCACGCUUGGAGUGGGACCGCAAAUCAGGAGGACAAAUCACCUACCUGGGGUGAACCUCAGAAACCCAAAUCUCAAAACUGGGGAGAUGGACAGAAAUCAAAUCCAAGCUGGACUUCAGGAGGUGGAGACUGGACAGAUUCAUCAUCUGUUCCUGGACACUUGGGUGACGGGAAGAAGAAUGGAUCUGGAUGGGAUUCUGAUAAUAGAUCGGGGUCUGGCUGGAAUGAUUCCACAAAGUCUGGGACCAGUGGGUGGGGGAAUGGCACAAACAGCAAGGCUAAUACAGGUACAAGUUGGGGGGAAUCUUUAAAGCCAGGCCCCCAACAAAAUUGGGCUAAUAAACCCCAGGACAACAAUGUGAGUAACUGGGGAGGAGCUGCUUCUGUAAAACAGACGGGGUCAGGGUGGGUUGGUGGGCCAGUGCCAGCCAAACAAAAAGAGAACUGUGAGGCAACUGGCUGGGAAGAGCCAUCUCCACCGUCCAUUCGCCGCAAGAUGGAAAUCGAUGACGGUACCUCAGCUUGGGGCGACCCAAAUUACAACAACAACAAGACUGUAAACAUGUGGGAUAGAAAUAAUCCUAUAAUUCAGAGCAGUACCACAACCAACACCACCACCACUAGCACCAUUAUCAACACCAACAUGGUUGAACCUCAGCCAUCGCACCAGUCAAGUGCCCAGCCGAACCGGUCCCCGCUGCUCGGCCCAGGCUGGGGAGAGAUGCCUGCUGUCCACACCAAGAGCGAAGCUUCCUGGGGAGAGCCCUCCUCCCCUUCUGCUGCAGUUGACAAUGGCACUUCGGCGUGGGGGAAGCCCCCCAGCAGUGGGACCGGGUGGGGAGAGAAUCCUGCCGAGCCAGCAGGGACCUAUGGAAGAACAAACACUCCAGCUGCUGCCCCAGCACUGUGCAAACCAGCUUCAAAAUCUAUGCAAGAAGGCUGGGGCAGUGGUGGGGAUGAAGUGAAUCUCAGUACUAGUCAGUGGGAAGAUGAAGAAGGAGAUAUGUGGAAUAAUACUGCUUCACAAGAGAGCAGCUCCUCCUGUAAUUCCUGGGGGAAUGCCCCGAAGAAAGGACUUCAAAAGCCCAAAACAAAUCCGCGCUUGUCCCUUGGUACUUUCUGGAGAACUGAAAGGAAGAGACUUCUUAAGGAUUUUGUGAUAGAAAAGCUGCACAGAGAUCUUUUAAAGGGCAUGAAGACAUCUAGCAAGCAGGAUGAGGCCUGGAUCAUGAACCGUCUGAUAAAACAGCUCACAGACAUGGGCUUCCCUAGAGAGCCAGCAGAAGAGGCCUUGAAGAGCAACAGUAUGAAUCUCGAUCAGGCCAUGAGUGCUCUGCUGGAAAAGAAGGUGGAAAUGGACAAGCGUGGAAUGGGAGUGACCGACUAUAACGGAAUGGUCACCAAACCCCUUGGCUGCCGCCCACCACCAAUCUCCAAAGAGUCUUCCAUGGACCGCCCCACCUUCCUCGACAAGGAUGGCGGCCUAGUGGAAGAGCCCACUACUUCACCAUUUUUGCCUUCACCAAGCCUGAAGCUCCCCCUUUCAAACAGUGCACUCCCUAAUCAGACCCUGGGCGGGAUUGCCUCAGGGCUGGGCAUGCAAAACUUGAAUUCUUCUAGACAGAUACCGAGUGGCAAUCUGGGUAUGUUUGGCAAUAGCGGAGCAGCACAAGCCAGGACCAUGCAACAGCCGCAGCAACCGCCAGUGCAACCUCUUAAUUCAUCCCAGCCUAGUCUUCGUGCUCAAGUGCCUCAGUUUCUAUCCCCUCAGGUUCAAGCACAGCUUUUGCAGUUUGCAGCAAAAAACAUUGGUCUCAGCCCUGCACAGUUAACCUCGCCAAUUAAUAAUCCUCAGCAUAUGACGAUGUUGAACCAGCUCUAUCAGCUGCAGCUGGCAUACCAACGUUUACAAAUCCAGCAGCAGAUGUUACAGGCUCAGCGCAACGUUUCCGGACCCAUGAGACAACAGGAGCAGCAAGUUGCACGUACAAUCAAUAACAUGCAGCAGCAGAUCCAGCAGCACCAGCGCCAGCUGGCCCAGGCCCUGCUUAUGAAGCAGCAGCCUCCCCCUCCACAUCUAUCUUUGCACCCCUCUGCAGGCAAAUCAGCCAUGGAUAGCUUUUCACCCCAUCCCCAGGCUCCCGGCCUUCCUGACCUGCAGACCAAAGAGCAGCAGUCUUCACCGAACACCUUUGCUCCUUACCCUCUUGCUGGACUGAACCCGAACAUGAAUGUAAAUAACAUGGACAUUACUGGUGGUUUGUCAGUGAAGGACACUUCUCAGUCCCAGUCUCGCCUUCCUCAGUGGACACACCCCAACUCAAUGGAUAAUCUGUCUAGUGCUGCUUCUUCUCUUGACCAGAACUCCAGCAAGCACGGUGCUAUCCCUGGAGGUUUGAGUAUUGGUCCUCCAGGAAAGUCCUCCCUUGAUGACUCCUACGGCCGCUAUGAUCUGAUCCAGAACAGUGAGUCUCCUGCCAGCCCACCUGUAGCUGUUCCUCACAGCUGGUCACGUGCCAAAUCUGAUAGUGAUAAGAUUUCCAAUGGCUCCAGCAUAAACUGGCCACCAGAGUUUCACCCAGGAGUGCCAUGGAAAGGACUGCAGAAUAUUGAUCCUGAAAAUGACCCCGAUGUUACUCCUGGCAGUGUUCCAACUGGGCCUACCAUAAACACCACGAUCCAAGAUGUGAAUCGCUAUCUGCUCAAGAGUGGAGGGUCAUCCCCAACAUCAUCUCAGAAUGCCACGCUGCCUUCAUCGAGUGCCUGGCCGCUUAGUGCCUCCGGCUACAGUAGCUCUUUCAGCAGCAUUGCAUCUGCACCUAGCAUUGCAGGUAAACUGUCAGACAUCAAGUCCACGUGGUCCUCUGGCCCGAUCUCUCACACGCAAGCCUCUCUGUCCCACGAGCUCUGGAAGGUGCCCAGAAACACUACAGCUCCAACAAGACCUCCUCCAGGCUUAACCAACACCAAGCCAUCCUCCACGUGGGGUGCCAGUCCCCUGGGCUGGACCAGCUCUUACUCCUCUGGUUCUGCAUGGAGUACUGACAGCUCAGGGAGAACAAGCAGCUGGCUGGUUCUUCGGAACCUCACCCCCCAGAUCGAUGGUUCCACACUGCGGACCCUGUGUUUGCAGCACGGCCCUCUCAUCACAUUCCACUUGAACCUGACCCAAGGGAAUGCUGUGGUCCGAUACAGCUCCAAGGAGGAAGCAGCCAAGGCCCAGAAGUCUCUGCACAUGUGUGUCCUGGGCAACACCACGAUCCUGGCGGAGUUUGCUGGUGAGGAAGAAGUGAAUCGUUUCCUGGCGCAGGGGCAGGCGCUGCCGCCCACCUCCAGCUGGCAGUCCAACACUGGAUCCACCCCGAGCCGCCUGGGCUCCUCGGGCAGCUCCCACGGGCUGGUGCGCCCCGACACCGGCCACUGGAACCCCCCGUGCCUGGGGGGCAAGGGCAGCAGUGACCUGCUCUGGGGGGGGGUGCCCCAAUACUCCAGCAGCCUUUGGGGUCCCCCCAGCGCCGACGACGGCAGAGUCAUCGGGAGCCCCACGCCCCUCAACACCCUCCUGCCGGGGGAUCUGCUCAGCGGGGAGUCCAUCUAGGAGAUGAGAAAACAGAGUGGAAAUAACAAUCAUCAGCACUAAAGGAAAACUAAAAUCUAAAAAAAAAAAAAAAAUAAAAUAAUAAUUUUAAAAAUAAAAAAAAAAAAGUAAUGGUAACCCUUUCCAGUCCCGGGCUUGAUGAAGAAUCCAGCUUUAACCCAUGAGACUGGCAGCCCUCCUUAGUACCUCUGUCCAAUAUCGAAUCUGAAACUGCAGAAGUCCUUGUGAACUGUUCCUGAAACAGUAUGGGCUCCUUUGGUCAGUGUCACAUGCUAAUGACAGGUUUUACUUUUUUCAUGGCUUUUUUUUUUUUUUUAAUGUCGUCUUUUUAUGUUUGUAUGGUGAUUUUUCAAAACCAAGUAUAAAAGCUGCUUAGAAUAGGUCUACCAUGAAGGGCACUUUUCAGAAUUUGGGCUGGAAAGGGUUAUUUUAUCAACUGGGGGGGUGGGAAGGGGAAAUGAAAGCCUAUUUAAAUGAGCCUGUGACUAUUAUGCACAUUACAGAGGCGGACCCAAUAAUCAGAAAGGGUGAAGUGUGAUAUUUUACCAUUGGUACAGAAAAGUGACGAAUCCAAGUGGCAACUCUGGACUGUACAGGUUGAGAGGGGGGGGAGGGAGGGCAGGGUUGGGGUAUCUCUGUGUCCACUACUCCCAUGGAUCUGCCUAUGCACAUUACCCUUGUUUCAUUACUUUUUCAUGUCAUUUUUUUAAUCCCAAAAAAUAUAAAAAGUAAAAAAAAAAUGAAUUAAAAAAAUCAACAAAGAAACAAAAAAAAAAUACUUAAAAAAAAAAAGCAACAAACCAUAUCAACAUGCAAAUACUUGAAUCCAGCAGGCCAAUAACAAAAUGUGAACACUUUCUAAGUUGAAUUAUUACACUUCCAGGUCAGCAUCAGUACACAAAAAACAGGCUCUAAGAAUUUUUUUUAAAGUUCAGACUCUAUGUUUUUGUUGGGACAGAUGUGAGUGAGUGAGUGUGUGUGUGUGUGUGUGUGUGUGUGCACGCCCACGUGUGGUUUAACUCAACGUGUGAAGUUUUUUCCUUUGGUUCAGUAUAUGCUUUUUAUUUGCUCAUUGGUCAAAUGUUUAAUUGUUAUUAGCUUCUAACUUUGCACUGAGUGUCCGCAGCCCUUCUUGUAGCUAAUCCUGUAAUGGUAAAAUCACACAAAAAACAAAAAAAGAAAAAAAAAAAAAAGGAGGAAAAAAAAAAAAAAAAGGAAAGAAACUGAUAGAAGGGGCCGGCGACAAUUCACGUGUAAAUGUUUACUCAAGGACUCUUAUUGCAUUUUAAAAAUUACAGUGUGUAUCUCUGGAGAAUAAUAUGUAUAUCUACCUUUAGCGGCUUUUUAUUGUGGACUAAUGCAAGAAAAUUAUUACCGGAGUAUUGCACCAUUUUUCCAUUCGGAAUAUAAAGUUUAAAAAAAUACUCUUGUUGAACUGUGGCCAUAGAUAAUUGUAAAGAGUUGAUAGUUCCCUUGCAAGCAGGAACAGAAACAAGCACUUGGACAUAAGUUUUGACUGCUUUUGGAGGAGCCAGGAGUUUUGGCUCCCACCUGUUUACAGACCUUUUUUUCUCCUUCAAACUUUAAAAUAAAAAAAAGGAAUUUAAAAAAAAAAAAAAAAAGAGAAAAAACAAAACAAACAAACAAAAAAAAGACUUCCAUCGUAAAGAAAACUAUUUUCAGAAUGAAGAUAUGCUACUUCAGAGCUCUGGGAUUGAACAGUGUUGUUGUAUUAUCCUUUUCUUUGGCCAUUGCUGUGUACUAUUUUUGUUGUUGUUUUCCUCCUCUUCGUCAAAGUGGCGAAAACUUUGUGAUCACUAUCUUGCACAUGGUGGAAGAUGUCUCAGGAAAGCCGGGUUUCCCGAGGAGCAACUCCACACCAUUUCAUGUAUUUUUAAAACCCAACUCCUAGCACUGAAGAUAUUAUUAAAAAACAAAAUAAAAUAAAAAAAAAAGACAGUAAGAAAGAAGAAAAUACCUAAUCUAAUGUGUAGCAGUUACAUAUUUACCAAAUAAUGGACUCAAAAGAAAUAGAUGUUUGAAGAGUGCUUUAUAUAUUAAAAAAUCGCUUUAUGUUUAAAAAAAGAUCAAUGUUUUUGAUUGUUUUGAAAGGAAGAAAGACAAUGGAAUAACAUACACUUCAAGUAUGUUUUAAAAAUUAUAUGAACAUUGUGCUCCCUGCCUGCUUGGAUCAGGAAACUUGUGCAUUACAUUUUUUUUUUUUUUUGGGAAGAUUAGCUUUUUAAUGGUUUUAUCAGAUUUAAAGGGUCCUGCAAGAUUGCAAAUUAACAAAAGCUGGUUUUAUAGAGGAUCAUGAACUAUGCACAAACUGGGUUCAAGACUUGUUUUGUUUUGUUUUUUUUUCCUCAAGUUUUAGUAGUGUAUUUAGCUGAAUAACCUUUCCUCAGAGUAAUUGCAUCUCAUUGCCAUUACACGCCUCCUACAUAUAUAUUUUAUAUAUAUAUAUACACACACACACUUAUAUAAAAUAUGUAUGUGUGUAUGUGCGUGUUUACAUACAGUUUUCCAUGCUGAAGUUUAGCAUUGAGUUGUAGAAAAACUCCUGAUAUUUUCAAAUUGGGAAUGAAAAUUUCUGUUCAAGGGGUGGGUUGGGGGGGGACGGGACAGGUGGGUUUUGUUUUUAGGGGGCUUUUUUUUUUUUUUUGCCUUUCCUUUUGAAUUAAAGAUGUCUGUAACUCUGAGAUUAAAAAGAAAACCAACAAUUGUGGCUUUUAAUGUUUAUUCUCCUCAUAGAAUGUGAUUGUUAAAAGAACAUGCACCGAAAGUUGCUUUCAAGAGUACGAAGAUUCUUUGAAACUUAAUAAAUUGCAGUUUUUUUCUUGGCUGUUGAAAUAAUGUGUAUUUUUCUUUUGUGCAGGGGAUACUAAUUAUAUAUAUAUAUUGUUAAAUCUGUGAAGGUAUUUCAUGGAAGGAGUUUUAAUUUUGAAUGAGAAUUCCAUGUACAGCCAGGCAAAGCCCUCCUGUUGUGGUCGCCCCUCUGCACUCUGCUGGUGACACUCAUGAGCUUUUCCAUCAACACUUUGCACAUCUCAUCCAGGAGCAGCAGAACCCAUUUUUGUGUUCAGAUUCUGCUUUUCUCAUUUAUCCAUGUUCUUCAGUAACACAGUGGGUUGAGUUUGUUACCCCUUCCAGCCA